ACCGCUAGGUCGGAGGGCUUUCCGGCGAUGGAGGCUCUCAAGAUCGUGUCGCUGGCGCUCGCAUUGUCGGCGCUGUGGAUCUCCCCCGCCGCCGCGAAGAAGCAGGAGAAGAAUCUCGAGGAGAUCACGCACAAGGUGUUCUUCGAUGUGGAGAUCGGCGGCAAGCCGGCGGGGCGCGUCGUCAUGGGGCUCUACGGCAAGGCGGUGCCCAAGACAGCGGAGAAUUUCCGGGCGCUGUGCACGGGCGAGAAAGGUACUGGAUCGCAGGGCAAGGCGCUCCACUUCAAGGGCUCCGCGUUCCAUCGGAUCAUCCCCAGCUUCAUGAUCCAGGGGGGCGAUUUCACGCACGGCAAUGGCAUGGGCGGGGAGUCGAUCUACGGCACCAAGUUCGCGGACGAGAAUUUCAAGCUCAAGCACACGGGGCCGGGGGUUCUGUCCAUGGCCAACGCCGGAUCCAACACGAAUGGAUCCCAGUUCUUCAUCACCACCGUCAAGACGAGCUGGCUCGACGGCAAGCACGUCGUGUUUGGCAAGGUGAUUAGCGGCAUGGACAUUGUCUACAAGGUCGAGGCGGAGGGGUCGCAAAGCGGCGCCCCCAAAUCCAAAGUCACCAUAGCCGACAGUGGCGAGCUUCCACUGUGAUAAGCUCUUCUCUUCUUUGAUAUAAAAAUUGGGAAUCAUCCCUCGAAUGUUUUGUAAGAUUUAUUAGUAACUAUUAAUUCAUGUUUAACAUUUUAAGUUGUGUU